AUGACUCGGGUACUUCGUCCUUUUAUUGGUCAAUUUUUGGUUGUUUAUUUUGAUGAUAUUUUGGUGUACAGCAAAGAACAAAAUGACCAUAUUGACCAUCUUAAACAAGUCUUGAGAGUACUUCGUCAAGAGACGCUGUACUUGAACCUCAAGAAGUGUUCUUUCAUGCUGCCCAAGGUGGUAUUUCUUGGCUUUAUUGUCACAGCCAAUGAGGUGGAAGCUGAUCCGGCGAAGGUUAGAAGUAUCAGGGACUGGCUAGUACCUAAGACAUUCACUGAAGUUCGAAGUUUCCAUUGUUUAGCUUCAUUCCACAGGAGAUUUAUUCAAAAUUUCAGUGUUUUUAUGGACCCUAUUACUGAAUGUAUGAAGUCUAGUAAGGGAAAAUUUGAAUGGACAACGGCGGCAACAAAGGCCUUCCACCUUAUCAAGAAGACGAUGACUAAAGCACCAAUCUUACAGCUACCAGAUUUUGACCGAGUAUUUGAGGUUGCUAUAGAUGCUUCACAUGUCGGCUUUGGCAGUGAUCUAGAAAUGUUUGAGAUAGAGCUAGUUCAUGCAAGUGAUCUAGAAAUGUAUGAACUAGAGCCUGUUCAUGUAGAUGAUCUAGAAAUGUUUGAACUAGAGCCUGUUCAUGCAGGUGAUAUAGAAAUGUUUGAACUAGAACCUGUUCAUGCAGGUGAUCUAGAGAUGUUUGAACUAAAGCCUGUUCAUGCAUGUGAUCUACAAAUAUUUGAACUAGAGCUCGCUCCGACAAGUGAUCUAGCGAAAUAA